AUGGAGGAUAGCAUAGAAGUCAUUCUUCAGGAUAAAAGUUCCCCAUUACUUCACCGUAACCAGUUCAACCCUCGCCUCUCGGCUUCUUCAGGUGCCCUGCUUCUGGGUCUCUAUGGCGUCUGGAGAAUAUUUGCUCUCCCUGGCUUUCGGAAAAUACCCACAAGACUUAAGGUGCCCUAUUUACCUUCAAGUAAAACCCAGACUCAGAACGUCUUGAGGCUUCUGCAUGGACGCAGGGGUUGCCUUGCUGAUCUGGGAUCAGGUGAUGGAAGAUUGGUCUUUGCUGCUACAUCUGUGGGUUUUCAAUGCACUGGUUUUGAAAUCAACUCAAUUCUGAUUGGCUAUGCUCGAGCUAAGGCCUGGUGGAAGGGAAUACCUACAAGCACCGCAAGAUUUGUCAGUGAGGAUUUUUGGAAGACCAAUUUGUCCAACUAUGACAAUGUGACAGUAUUCUUGGCGCCUGGAGUGAUGGAGGUGCUGGGUGAGAAGCUGGAGGAGGAGUUGCCAGAUGACGCAUGUGUGAUCGCCUGCCGUUUCCCUUUCCCUCAGUGGGCUGCCACAGCAUCGGAGGGCUUUGGUCUGGACCAGGCUUGGGCCUACGACAUGGGUGCCAUUCGCAAAACUGCCCACACCCAUUAAAAAAAAAAAAAAAAAAAAAUCCUAACCGCCACCCCUUCUACAGAGCUUCCAGUGUAUCUGUAAGGGGGGAGGAGAGAGUUUAGGUCUGCUUUUUCUCUCAUCUGUUUAUACAGCUGUUCUCUACUCCGUAAUCUUCACAAACGUCAUGUGUCAAAUCACGUAUUUAACUGAAAAGAAGAACUAGUCAUGUUUUGAUUUUUUUGCACAAUUUAUACAUUGAGUGGGUUUGUAAUGAAUUUUCAGAUAGGUUUGUUAAUUUGCAUGUCCAGUAUUUUGAACAAGAUUUUUUUUUCCUCCCAUCAUCUAUCAUUAAACUAAUGCUAAAUGUGAAAUGAACUGUGAAUGAAAGAACCACUCGGUUUGUUAUUAACUUAAUUAAUAUGUGAUUAUGAUACACUAAUGUGGCCUUAUUUAUUAUUUGGAUUGUCUGUUGUCCUCAUAACAGAUAAUCUGAGGAAGCUUUGUUUUGUAUUUGUAAAUGCACUAACGCAAGUUUUGUGAGUGUCCUCUGAGCCAUAAAAUGAAGAAUUUUAUGAUAAUUAUUUCAAAUGGGUUUCAAGUGGGCAUAACA